AUGGCGCCUAACCAGGAAGUCUCACUCGGCCCUAACGUCGAUGACGGAAAGAUCGUUUUCGGUGUUGCCCACAUUUACGCCAGCUUCAACGAUACCUUUGUGCACGUCACUGAUUUGACUGGUAAGGAAACCAUCGUCCGUGUUACGGGUGGUAUGAAGGUGAAGGCCGACCGCGACGAGUCGUCUCCUUACGCCGCUAUGCUUGCCGCUCAGGACUGCGCUGCUCGCUGCAAGGAAGUCGGCAUCAAUGCCGUGCACAUCCGCUUGCGUGCCACUGGUGGUGUGGGCCCCAAGACGCCUGGUCCCGGUGGCCAGAGCGCUCUUCGUGCUCUCGCUCGCGCUGGUAUGCGCAUUGGUCGAAUUGAGGACGUGACGCCUGUGCCAAGCGACUCGACUCGUCGCAAGGGUGGUCGUCGUGGUCGCCGUCUGUAA